AUGGCCACCGCCGUCACACCCCAAUCCUUCCUUUCUCUCUCCACUCCGAAACUCAAAACCCAUCCGAACAAGCGUAUCUUUUGCCCUAAAUCCCAGCCACCUCCCGCUGCCGCCAUGAUUUCACUGAAACCAAAUUGCAGAAGACAACCCCUGCAGCUGGUGAAUUCAGUUGCCGGAGACCUUGACCGGAGUGACGAGUGUGCGGAGCAGCAGGGCGGCGUCGUUUGUAUGGAGAGCGAGGCCGAGAGGUCGGAGGUAGUGGAUCAGGUCGUUGGGGGUUUUGGAAGUGAAAGCGCAGGGAUGUUAUCGUUCGAUGGUGCAACUGGGUUUUCCUCUUCAGCUUCCGGCGUAGGUGGACCACCGGGGUCCGGCAACGGGCAAAAUCAGGAGAAAACGGGGAGGUUGAUCGAUAGGACUAUUAACGCGGUUAUAGUGUUGGCUGCCGGCUCUUUUGCCAUCACCAAGCUGCUUACCAUUGACCACGAGUAUUGGCAGGGAUGGACUCUCUUUGAAAUAUUGAGAUAUGCACCUCAACACAAUUGGAGUGCUUAUGAGGAAGCUCUUAAGACAAAUCCAGUAUUUGCAAAAAUGAUAAUCAGUGGAGUCGUUUAUUCCGUGGGAGAUUGGAUUGCACAGUGUUAUGAGGGAAAGCCUAUAUUUGAAUUUGAUCGUGCAAGAAUGUUCAGAUCUGGUUUACUUGGCUUUACACUGCAUGGAUCCCUUUCUCAUUAUUACUACCAAUUCUGUGAGGCUUUGUUUCCCUUUGACGAUUGGUGGGUGGUUCCUGCUAAAGUUAUCUUUGAUCAGACGGCAUGGUCUGCUGUCUGGAACAGCAUUUACUAUACGCUUUUGGGCUUGUUGCGCCUUGAGUCACCUGUCAGUAUCUAUAGUGAGUGGAAGGCUACAUUUUGGCCCAUGUUAACUGCAGGAUGGAAGCUUUGGCCUUUUGCUCAUCUAGUUACGUAUGGCGUGAUCCCCGUUGAACAAAGGCUUCUUUGGGUUGAUUGUGUCGAACUCAUUUGGGUCACAAUACUUUCAACUUACUCAAAUGAGAAAUCGGAGGCUAGAAUAUCUGAAGUACCUGCUGAAGCUAAUCAGAGUUUGCCGCCAUCACAGGGUCCUCCUGAGUAG